AUGGAGUGUGAGGGGUUGAUUUUGGGAGCACUUUUCCUGCAGCCUAGCUUCCUGGUAAGGGUUGAGGAAACAGAUGGUCUAAAGGAUGCAUUAGGCAAUGAGAUACUGAAGCUUAAGGAUCAACUUGGUUCAAGACAGAAGGCUAUUUCUUUCUUUGAGCGUGACAAUUCAAGCAACUAUUUGAUACCCACCUGCAUUGAGAUACCCACGGAUGGAACUGACGAGUGGGAAAUUGACGUGAAACAGCUCCAAAUUGAAAAGAAAGUGGCAUCUUGGUUCAUAUGGGGGGAUCUGCACAGAAGCACUUAUUGCAGUUUGGAGGUUGCCAAAUUUCUCAAACCUGAGCGUAUUGUCAAGGUUGCUGAUUUUGGAGUUGUCAGAGUACAGAUUGAAUCAGGGGUGAUGACAGCUGAAACAGGGACAUAUCGAUGGAUGGCUCCGGGGGUGAUUGAACACAAACCUUACAGUCACAAAGCAGACGUGUUCAGUUAUGGGAUUGUGAUAUGGGAACUUUUGACUGGUCAUAUCCCAUAUGCUUACUUGACUCCACUACAAGCGGCUGUUGGCGUUGUUCAGAAGGGGCUUAGACCAAAGAUUCCAAAGAAGACACAUCCAAAAGUGAAGGGACUUCUACAGAGAUGCUGGAACCAAGACCCAAAAGACAGACCAGAGUUUGAGGAAAUCAUAGAAAUGCUUCAACAGAUAAUGAUUGAGGUAAACGUCGUACCGUGAUGAUGAUCAGAGUAAAAAAAACCUUUUAGAGGCGAGAUUUCUGAGAGCAGGAUGUGGUGGUGGUGAAAACAAGCAGGCUGGAGAUGAAGACCCUGCAGAUAAGGACAAGCAAUGUUGGAGAUAGUGAAAUAUAUUAUUUAUAUAAAUAUAAUUAUAUAUUUUUAUUUACAUAAUAGUUUGUAAAAAAAUAUUUAGUAUAAGUAAUAUUAUAAUUUUAUAAAAUACUAAAAUAAAUUGGGUUAGUUUUCAA